AUGGAGCUGAAAGAAAAAUUUUUAAUCUUCUCAAUUGCACUUUUUAUUGCUUCAUUAUUAUGCUGCAAUCUCAGUAGAUUUUUCAGACCAGGCCCUUUAAUGAUUUGCGCUCAAUCGUUUGCAAGCGGAUCAUUAAUCAGCUUGGCAUUUCUCACUUACUUGGCAGAUGCUAUAAAUAUUUAUAAUUCAAAUCUAGAUUAUCUCAAAUAUCCAGAGCAUUUAUACAUUGCUUUGGGCGUUUUUGUUCUUUUCACCCUCAUGGAACACAUUCCUGGCAGUCAAAGUCGUUUAUCAAUGCAAGAUUCUAUGAAUUCUGAAGGUUCUACACGUGAUUUUUCACACUUUCUCGUUCAUCAUUUCUCAACUGUUCCUUCAAAAUCACAUUUUAUAAUUUCAUACUUAUUUUUAAUAGCAAACGCAAUUUUAAUGGGCUUAGCUUUACUUUGUUCCGUUUGUUGCGAUAAAAAGAAUAUUUAUGCAGUUUUCAUAGCAUAUUCAAUCGCUAAAAUGGUUGAAUCAUUUACUUUAGGCUUACUACUGCAAUCAUCCCAAUCAAAAUUACUUAUAUUUUGGGUACUAACUACAAUUUACUCUAUAGCUACGCCAAUUACGUAUAUUUCAUUUAAUUACCCAGAACAAAAGAAUAUCGGAAAACGAGCACAAGGAAUACUUACUUCUAUAUCAAUGGGAUUUUUCCUUUAUCUCGGAAUCCUUCUUUGGCGUGCUACAUUUUUAUUACCAUUCGAUUGGAGAAAAUACGAACUAUUCAUAGUUUGCGCUUCAUUCGCUGUCGCUAUUAUUAUUCAAGCAGUUUCUGUUAUUGAUUACAAUUAA